CAAAGAGGGCUUGAGCGGCUUUCCGCACUUUACUGGAGGCCCGAAAUUGCUCCGGUUCCUGCGUAGGGGAGACGAGGAGCAGAUAGAGACUGUGGCGUGGAUCCAUACAGGCCACGAAGGCGUACAAGAAGCCCGUGUCAUUGAAGCGAGGGAGGCAGAUGGGGGUCCACGUUUCAUUCUCCGUCCGGAAAAAGGGCUGGGUGGUAAGGAAAUUCGAGAGCAGAAGGAGGUCGGAGGCGCGCAAACGGUGCCAGGGCGGGUCCCGGGGCUCCACCAGGGUGACCAGCCGGUUGCCAGACAGAAGGAGGGCGUAGAGCACAGGCUGGAGUCCUGGAGUGGAAGCGCAGAUAUUAACGAGGGCUUGCGCCAGGUCGUGGCGGAGAGUGGGGUCCAAGGGGAGGGCGUGCGCGGCGCUGGUCAGG